CCUCGUCCCCAGCCCUCGGCUCUCUCUGCUCGCAGUCACAGUCGCUGGAGCACCCGCGUGCACCCGGACAUCUUCGGGCUGCUAUUGGAUUGACUCUGAGGGUUCUGGCUGUGUGGGUCGCCGGCACGGCGUGUUGGAAUCAGGUGGAGCAGCGCUUCCAGGCUGGACGAAGUAAAGACCACUGUUCUUUUUUUUAAUCCCCCCCUCCCUCUUUCUUAAGAAAGGAAAAUAUCCCAAGGACUAAUCUGAUCGGGGCUUCCUUCAUGAACGAAUGCAGGAACUUGGGAACUGAGCUGUGCAAGUGCUGAAGAAGGCCAUUUGCGGCAAGGAAACAGGAAAGAGAAAGCAAAGGAAGGAAAAAAUACAUAAUUUCAGGGACGAGAGAGAGAAGAAAAACGGGGACUAUGGGGAGAAAAAAGAUCCAGAUUACGAGGAUUAUGGAUGAACGUAACAGACAGGUGACGUUUACCAAGAGGAAGUUUGGGCUGAUGAAGAAGGCGUACGAGCUGAGUGUGCUCUGCGACUGCGAGAUCGCCCUCAUCAUCUUCAACAGCACCAACAAGCUGUUCCAGUACGCCAGCACGGACAUGGACAAGGUGCUGCUCAAGUACACAGAGUACAACGAGCCGCACGAGAGUCGGACAAACUCAGACAUCGUGGAGGCCUUGAACAAGAAAGAAAGCAAAGGCUGUGAAAGCCCCAACCCUGACUCCUCUUAUGCACUCACCCCACGCACUGAAGAAAAAUACAAAAAAAUUAAUGAAGAAUUUGAUAAUAUGAUCAAGAGUCAUAAAAUUCCCGCUGUUCCACCCCCCAACUUUGAGAUGCCAGUCUCCAUCCCAGUGUCCAGCCACAACAGCUUGGUGUAUAGCAACCCAGUCAGCUCCCUGGGAAACCCCAACCUCUUGCCACUGGCCCACCCUUCUCUGCAGAGGAAUAGCAUGUCUCCUGGCGUAACACAUCGGCCUCCGAGUGCAGGUAACGCAGGUGGUCUGAUGGGCGGAGACCUCACCUCCGGUGCAGGCACCAGUGCAGGGAAUGGAUACGGCAAUCCCCGAAACUCACCAGGUCUGCUGGUCUCACCUGGGAACUUGAACAAGAAUAUGCAAGCGAAAUCGCCUCCCCCCAUGAAUCUAGGAAUGAAUAAUCGUAAACCUGAUCUCCGAGUUCUUAUUCCACCGGGCAGCAAGAGUGCAAUGCCAUCAGUGUCUGAGGAUGUCGACUUGCUCUUGAAUCAGAGGAUAAAUAACUCCCAGUCGGCUCAGUCGUUGGCUACCCCGGUGGUUUCCGUGGCAACCCCUACUUUACCAGGACAAGGAAUGGGAGGAUACCCAUCAGCCAUUUCUACAACCUAUGGUACCGAGUAUUCUCUGAGCAGUGCAGACCUGUCAUCUCUGUCUGGGUUUAACACCGCCAGCGCUCUCCACCUCGGCUCAGUCACCGGCUGGCAACAGCAGCAUCUACAUAGCAUGCCACCGUCCGCCCUCAGCCAGUUGGGAGCUUGCACUAGCACUCAUUUAUCUCAGAGUUCAAAUCUCUCCCUGCCUUCUACUCAAAGCCUCAACAUCAAGUCAGAACCUGUUUCUCCUCCUAGAGACCGUACCACCACCCCUUCGAGAUACCCACCACACACGCGCCACGACGCGGGGAGGUCUCCUGUUGACAGCUUGAGCAGCUGCAGCAGCUCGUACGAUGGCAGCGACCGAGAGGAUCAUCGCAACGAAUUCCACUCCCCCAUUGGACUCACCAGACCUUCGCCGGACGAAAGAGAAAGUCCCUCGGUCAAACGCAUGCGACUCUCUGAAGGAUGGGCGACAUGAUCACAUAUUACUUACUAGUUUUUUUUUUUUUCUUGCAGUGUGUGUGUGUGCUAUACCUUAAUGGGGAGGGGGGGUCGAUAUGCAUUAUAUGUGCCGUGUGUGGAAAAAAAAAAAAGUCAGGUACUCUGUUUUGUAAAAGUACUUUUAAAUUGCCUCAGUGAUACAGUAUAAAGAUAAACAGAAAUGCUGAGAUAAGCUUAGCACUUGAGUUGUACAACAAAACACUUGUACAAAAUAGAUUUUAAGGCUAACUUCUUUUCACUGUUGUGCUCCUUUGCAAAAUGUAUGUUACAAUAGAUAGUGUCAUGUUGCAGGUUCAACGUUAUUUACAUGUAAAUAGACAAAAGGAAACAUUUGCCAAAAGCGGCAGAUCUUUACUGAAAAAGAGAGCAGCUGUAUGCAACAUAUAGAAAAAAAAAUUAAAUAAAAUGUAUAAAAGUUUGGACAGACCCAGCUGUGGGUGGCCAUUCGUAAAAAUUAGGAAUAUGCCUGGUCACCCAACAUUCGAGCGUGCUCGCAAACCUGCAGUAUGGCACUCAUUGAAAAGGAUCAAAGACCAUUAAAAGAGGACCAUACCUAUCUUACAAAAAAAAAAAAGCAAAAAACAACCAAAAAACAUACAAAACAUGUGGAGUUUGAGGGCUGACGUAUUUAAUUAAAUAAAGAAAUCUGGGUCUGCAUCUCUUAUUAAAUAAAAAUAUAAAAAUAUGUACAUUACAUUUUGCUUAUUUUCAUAUAAAAGGUAAGACAGAGUUUGCAAAGCAUUUGUGGCUUUUUGUAGUUUACUUAAGCCAAAAUGUGUUUUUGCCCCCUCGAUAGCUUCGCUAAUAUUUUAAAACAGUCCUGUAAAAAAACCAAAAAGGACUUUUUGUAUAGAAAGCACCGCCCUAAGCCAUGAAGAACUCAUGCUUUGCUAACCAAGAUUACUGUUUUCUCUUUGUAGAAGUUUUGUUUUUGAAAUGUGUAUUUCUAAUUAUAUAAAAUAUUAAGAAUCUUUUAAAAAAAAAUCUGUGAAAUUAACAUGCUUGUGUAUAGCUUUCUAAUAUAUAUAAUAUUAUGGUCAUAGCAGAAGUUUUGUUAUCUUAAUAGCAGGGAGGGGAGUAUAUCUGUGCGGUUGCACAUUUGAGUAACUAUUUUCUUUCUGCUUUCUUUUACUCUGCAUACAUUUUAUAAGUUCAAGGUCAGCUGUCAAUAAAAGGAUAACCUGUGGGGUUAGAACAUACCACAUCGCAACACCCUAAGUUGUUUCGAAUACCUUAGCCAUCCGUUGGGUCACCGGACAUCCAUUGCAUAUACUAUUUGGUUUCUUUCAUGCAACUUUUGUCUUGUGUUUUGCAUUUUUACCAAAUGCAGGGCCCUUUUCUGACCUCAUCAUUUCACCAUGCCUCUUGGAAUCCAGUAAGUGCACACCCUAACUUGCCCAUUUCCAAAGUCUUGUGGUUGGUUUUCAGCCUAGAAUUUUUGACAUGCUCUUUAGAAAUAUGCCCAGAAUAGAGAAGCCAGCCCGGGGUUCUUGUCCUGCAGACACGGCCCCACAAGCAGGUGGUAGAGAGUAUUCAAUGAAGACCAGAUUCCCACAAAAGACGGAUGGGAAAGCCUGGGUGCUAGACAAGAAAGAAGCAGGGAUAGGGAGGGCUAGUUGCUUCGUCAUCCAGUUUUAAUUAUUUUAACUGACCCUUGACAAUCUUGUCAGCAAUCUAGGAAUGUUUGGAACAAUGUCGAUGUGUCAGGACCCCCACAUGUCACUUCUGCAUAAGCAUGUAUGUCAUUUUUUCUUCAAUAAAGAGAUUUAAUAGCCAUUUCAAGAAAUCCCAUUAAAGAACCUCUCUAUGUCCCUUUUUUUUUUAAUUUUCCAAGGCGAUAUAACUCUUGUCUAGUUCUCGUCUAUAAGGGAAUCAUCUUCAGGCCCUUUAAAAAGUGAGUGCCAUAAAGAGAAAAUUUAAGUUAAUGUAUUGUUUAGAAGCUAUUUUAGUCCAGGAAUGAUUUUUCUUCUCUUGGAAUGUGAAGAUCUGUCGAUUCAUCUCCAAACACGAGUAUUAACAUACACAGCAAAGAUACAAAGAGAUCUCUCAGCACAGCUCUGUCGCGUGCAGGCCAUUUCUUAGCCGUCUGUGUUUCCUUUCACUUGCAUAGCUGCUAUGCAUGUCUCGUUGUAACCGGCUGCCGCUGGGUGGCAGAAGCCGAGACCUUAUUAACUAGGCUAUAUUUUUCUUAACUUGAUCGGAAAUCCACAAUUAGACCACAGUGCACCUUAGGUUGUAUCCAUAUGGGAUGCUAGCCUGCCUUGUACUAACUGAUGUUUUAUAUGCUUAAAAAAAAAAAAAGGAAAAAAAAAAAGAAUCUAUCAACCAUUUGUUAUAUAUCCCACUCUCAAGGUAUCCAUGGAACAUGAAAUAGCACCAUUUAUGCAGAGGAAAAGCAUUAAAACCAUCCCUGAAAAUACACUCUCUCGCACACACACGCAGGGGCGGGGGGAGAAAGAAGAAAAUCAUUUUCCUCACCACAGACUAGGUGUCAUCUUUCUGUCAGUCCAUCCUUAUCACUUGAUGUGUAUAAAAUAUGCAAACAUGUCACAAAUGUUCUUUGUCAUUGGAAAGCAUAUUUUUUUUCCUUUAUCGGUAAAAUUGUACCAGUGGGUGGGAAGGGUCAUGCUACAAAAAUCUGAAGAAAUAGCCAUAUUAAUUUUUUUGUACCUGCAAUUUGCCUCAGCAACCAAGAAAAGGUGAAUUUCUGAUGCUGAGGAUAAAGCAAGCGAAAGUACCAGCAAAGCCUUGGCUAUUUAUAGCAGUUCUGACAAUAGUUUUAUAAGAACAUGAAAAGAACAGAAUCGCUUAAAAAUGGAUACCGGACAUCUCUUGUUCCCAAUGCCUGGUCUCGUAGUUAGAGGUGGCAAGAUAGUGGAGUGAUAACGGGAGCAUUUUUUUAAAGAUGAUUUAAUGAGAAGAAGCACAAUUUUGCUUGUGAACAGUCACUUUCUGUAAACAAUUGCUGUCUAUCUUUACCCUUAUACCUUACCUGGAACUCACCACUAAUUGUAUCUGCAAAGUUAACCCGGUUUUUUAAUAGCAACAAAUCCUUUGUAUUCAGGCGGUCAGGGCGGAGCCCUGUGGGCGUGCUAUUUUGCAUAAUCCAAGUAAUGUUGUAGGCAACAUUCUCCAUUGCAAGGGAAAGACCUCUGCGUGGCACUUACACAGCUCCAAGUCUGUUCCAUCUAAUCCUGUUCUCAAGGAUUUGGUACUAGUAACAGUGAUACAGAUCACAUCAGUUACACAGCCUGUAUAUUGUACGUGUUGGUGCCUGGACGCUGUUCAUUUCAACCUUUUUUAAAAUUGUGUUUUUAGUAAGAUGAUUUAUUUUUUUUCCCAAAAGUGGAAUUUAGCAUUUUGUAAUGAUGAAUAUGAAAAUACCUGUCAUCCUCAGAUCAUUGAAUGCUUAACUAAAGGAUAAGAGACUCCAACACACUUUUUCAAAGAAUGUUUGCCCUCGUACACACAUGCAUUUUUUUUUUACGCACCCAUCUUGAGAAUUAGGUAGCUUUUGUUUACCCCUUUUUUGCUUGUGUUUGUGUUUCCAAAGUAAAUGCUUUGUAUUUAUUUCUUUAUUUCAAAAAAAAAAUUUUUUUAGAAGGAACAGCAGCCACUAGGACCCUCAGUAGAGGCUGUUGUCUGAGCACGGAUCAUUGCAGCCGCCCUCACCCGUGCCAUCUGUGGUGGGGUUGUCACUUGCAUGGCGUUAAUUCCCUGCCAUUCCAGAUCUCUGGGAGAUGGCUGGGAUGCUGUGUGUGUUAGCAUGCCUCAGACACAGAUGUAAUCAACACUUUUUCGUAAUGUUUUAACCAAAGAUGUGGAGCAAUCCGAGCCACAUACUCUUCCACAUUCAAUUUGUCCGUUUCGGCCAUUCGCCCGGUCGGCGUUGCACUUUCGCCUUCCCUGUUCGUUCCUCAGAUUGAGUCAUACCUCAAUGUCAUUCCGAGCAAUCAGCUGAGUGGCAAGUUCAGUUGGGGCUGAGUGCAGUGUGCCAGGGAAGUCUUGGGUCACCGUAGGCAGAGGCCUUGGAUUGCUUCUAUCGAUCAUUGGCUAUAUCAUUUAUCUUCCUUUUCUUUUCCUGGGGACUCGUUUCCAUUCAAUGGCAGUCAUGACAAUAGCUUGUCAAUGAGGGCAUACAAGCAUUUGCAACAAAUAUUCAACUAACGGCUCACAGCGGCAUAAGCUGGACUUUGUCGCCACGAGAUGACAAGAUGUUAUAACGAAGUUAAACCACAUCUGUGUAUCUCAAGGGACUUAAUGCAGCUGUCUGUAGUGAAUCAAAGUGGGAAAUUUUCACAAGUUUCUCCUGCUGGAAAUAAGGUAUAAUUUGUAUUUUGCAGACAAUUCAGUAAAGUUACUGGCUUUCUUAGUGA